UGGCCGUGCUUAAAGUUCAGGGACUAGCGGUCGCCCACGCAAAAACCAAAGACGUCGAAACGUGAGGGACUGAAAUGCAAAUAAACCCUACUCUGCAUUCUAGGAGCGCGGAGGCGCAUCCGAACCUUCUCAAUUUUCGCUCUCGUUUAUCGUCCUACUUCUUUUCUCUUUCUCCACUCCUUCGCGUCGCUCAAACCCUAGAAACCGCCAUGGGGAGCGACCGUUGGCGACCCAACCUUCCCGCCAAAGGGCGCGCUCCUCUCCGCCUUGCCGCCGCCGCCGCCGUCGCCGCCGGAAUCGCCGCAGCCGCCGCCGCCGCGGCGGCGGAUCCUGAGCUCAGCGCGUCGGAUCCCGGCGAGAACCUCAGGAUCGCCGUCGAUGGCGUCGUUCGGUCCUCGAGGGCCAUCUACACUAUCGCUUUUAUCACGGUUGAUUACAAGUACUCCUUGCGCAGUUUGCCUCCCGAUUCGAGAGAGUACCGGGUUAAGCUGUCAGAGGUUCAUUUUCGCUCGGCCAUGAAGUUACUUAAACUGUGUGAAGCCAAUAGAGGAUUCUAUGUGAAAGCUGGUCAGUUUGUUUCAUCGUUGAGACAAGUACCAAAGGAGUACUCCUCAACCCUCUCAUCUUUGCAAGAUCAGGCAACUCCUUAUCACUUCAAAGGAAUAAAAGGAGUUAUCGAACGAAACUUGGGCAAAGAAUUAUCAGAUGUAUUCUUGGUAUUUGAUGAAAAACCAAUUGCUGCUGCAUCAAUAGCUCAGGUGCAUAGAGGGCUGUUGAAGGAUAACCAAGAAGUAGCGAUCAAGGUGCAGUAUCCUGGACUGGAGCAGCAGAUGAAGAUAGAUAUUUCGACUAUGACCAUCCUAUCAAAGUCAGUUUCUUGGAUUUUUCCUGAUUAUAGGUUUGAGCGCAUAUUGUCUGAAUUUGAGAGGGCCAUGUCAUUGGAACUUGGAUUGCUUUUCUGCCUUGUUUUCGCAAUAUUCAUCCUGUUUUUUGUGUGUUUAUGUUCAAUGGUAUCAUGUACAAGAGAUUUUCUUCAAGAGGCAAAGAAUUCUGAGAGAGCAGCCAGACUUUUCAGUAAAAAUAAAAUCGUCAAGAUUCCUCAUGUGUUUCGAGAUCUAACAACUAGACAAGUUUUAACAAUGCAGUUUUGUCAUGGACACAAGGUUGAUGAUUUGGAUUUUCUGCGGGAUGAAGGAAUAAAUCCUAAAAAGGUAGCUGAAGCAUUAAUGAAACUGUUUGCUGAAAUGAUAUUUGUCCAUGGCUUUCUUCAUGGAGAUCCUCACCCUGGUAACAUAUUGGUUUCUCCAAAAGGUCGCGGUGGAUUCUCACUAGUUCUAUUAGAUCAUGGAAUAUAUAGAGAGUUGGAUGAGAUGUUCAGAUUGAAAUAUUGCGAGUUGUGGAAGGCACUGAUUCUGUUGGAUUCACAGAAAAUACUGCGAUUGGGUGAAGAGUUUGGUGUCGGAAAGUACGCAAAAUACUUUCCUGUUAUCUUUACUGGAAGGACUAUAGAAAGCAAAUCAGUCCUUGGAGAUCAUAUGUCUAGUGAAGAGAAAACGCGUCUAAAGCACGAUCUGCGGGCUCUAAGGAUGGACGACAUAUCGUCAUUCAUGGAAUCCUUACCUGAGGACUUCCUUUCAAUACUACGCACAGACGGAUUGUUGAGAUCCAUAGUCGGCAAGCUUGGUGCACCACGCCAUGUACGUCUCCUCGCUUAUGCAAAAUAUGCCAUAUAUGGCCUCGACAAGCAGUCAAGCUCAGAGUCUGGUCCGGUGAAGCAUGUGGUCUCGACAAUCAGGACAAACAUGAGCUAUCUUCGGUUGAGAAUACUUGUUGAAUUUUUGGCAUUUGUUUCUCAAGCGAACGAUCUGCGAAAUAUGCAUGUCAAAAGGUUGAAGAGAUUGGUGCAUGAAUUCAUGAACUUUUUCUACAAAAAUUUCUUGCAUCAAGCGACUAUAGUAGGGGGAAUAAGAUGAUAUUGUGUGAAACUGUGGUUUGAGAAUGAUCGAACUUAGUCCCCAGGGAAAAAAAAAGAAAAGAAAAAAAAGAAGCGCUAAUUAACCAGAAAAAAGUAACUGGUCGAUAUUUUUUUCGGACAAAAUGGAAGAGGCUGAUGCCUCAAACUGCUUCAUUCAUUAGACAUAAGAGAACCAACAGUUGUUUAAGAUCUGUAUAGUGGAAUUACCUCGCCUUCCAUGUGUUGUACCUGAGAAAUCAUUAAUUACAUCGUCUCGGCGAUCAUUACCAUUUUUUUUCAAUUAUCUAGUAUGCAAUUGUCUUGCUCAAAUGAUGGCUUUUUGAAUGUGUUAUAUUUGUGGAUUUAAAUAAACCAA